AACAGAGUGAUAGUAGGACCACCGUCUUCCUUUAUUCUUCAGUCUCAUUUCCCACAAAGUCUGCAAUAUCACCUACUUCCAUGGCUUCUAAUUCUAAAAGGACAGUUUGUCCACUGCAAAUUCCCAAAAUAACGCAGUUCAAGAUUGGAAUUUGUCAGCUGAAAGUUACUACAGAGAAGAGUGCUAACAUUCUAAAGGCUCGUGAACUGAUUCAAGCUGCUGCAGGAAAAGGUGCAAGUCUUAUACUUUUGCCUGAAAUGUGGAAUUGCCCUUGUUCAACUGACAUGUUCGCAAAGUUUGCUGAGGACUUCAGUGAUAUAGACAGCGCCCCAUCAUUGCUUAUGUUAUCUGAAGUGGCUUCUUCCUUAGGAGUCACCAUUAUAGGUGGAUCGGUUCCGGAAAAGGAUGCUGGUCAGCUGUACAAUACUUGCUGUUUGUUUGGACCUAAUGGAGAGUUUAAGGCUAAGCACAGGAAAAUACAUUUGUUUGACAUGGGUAAGCCACUGCUGGGAGAAGUUCAAUUUAAGGAAUCAGACUACAUUUCUGCAGGAAAGAACCCUACAGUUGUUGAUACAGAUUUUGGAUGCAUCGGAAUAGGAAUUUGUCAUGAUAUAAGAUUUCCUGAACUGGCAAUGUUGUAUAGUGCCAGAGGUGCUCAACUAAUAUGUUACCCUGGAGCAUUCAACAUGAGUACUGGGGCGGCCCUGUGGGAGCUGGAGCAAAGAACAAGGGCAGUAGAUAACCAGCUUUAUGUGGCAUCAUGCUCCCCAUCUCGAGAUUCAGCCGGUAGCUACGCGAUAUGGGGUCACUCCACUGUGGUUGGACCGAUGGGAGAAAUAAUUGCAACCACAGGACAUGACAAAACAGUUCUAAUUGUUGACGUUGAUUAUGCUGCCAUUCAAAGGACAAGUUCGUACAGGGAAAGUUUCCCUUUGGAGAGCCAGAGGCGCAGCGACAUCUAUCAAUUCGUAGAUGUGCUCACAGAAAGUUCCAACUCUUAAGAGGCUUUAAGAGUAGGAUGUUUGAUCAGAUAACAUAUCAUGUCCAAGUGAAGUUCUGGAAUAGGAUUUUGCAGGAGUUGUUCAUCACCAAGAAAAUGAUUUGCUAUUGGCAACAGUGCUUGUAUCUUCUUUUAUGUUUAUUCCAAAGGACAUUAGUUAACAAAUUUGGUAACGUUUGGCAUCUCAGCGACAUGGUAACAAAUAUUGUUUAGCAAAGGUGAGUUUCAUGUGUAUACACACUAAAUAAUCCAUUCCUCAACAAAGUGUUGACUUGUCAUAUUUAUGGAAUACAAAUAUUGCUCUUA